CGACAGGCAAAUUCUGCUGACGCUGGUUUUCCAUUGCUGAGAAGCCCUCGGCAGGAUGGGCAAAAGCCAAAAGAAGACCGGCAAGGGCCGUCUGGAUAAGUGGUACAAGCUAGCAAAAGAGCAAGGCUACCGGGCUCGUUCGGCAUUCAAGCUAAUUCAGAUCAACAAGAAGUACCAGUUCCUCGAGUCUGCACGAUGCUGUAUCGAUCUCUGUGCUGCCCCGGGUGGCUGGCUUCAGGUAGCCUCGAAAGCCAUGCCGCCUAACAGCGUCAUCGUCGGCAUCGACCUUGUUGCCAUCAAGCCCAUCGCUCGCUGUGUCACCAUCGCAGAGGACAUCACCACCGAUGCUUGUAGGAGAGCGAUAAGGGCAGAGGUCAAAGACUGGAAAGCAGAUGUCGUGCUACACGACGGAGCGCCCAACGUGGGCACAGCAUGGAUUCAGGAUGCUUUCACACAGGCAGAGCUCGUCCUUGCUUCUCUCAAGCUCGCCACUGAGUUUCUCGCACCGGGCGGUACAUUCGUCACAAAGGUGUUCAGAUCGAGCGACUACAAUUCACUCAUGUUCGUCUUCAAUCAGCUGUUCAAGCGGGUCGAAGCGACAAAACCACCCUCUUCGCGUAAUGUCUCAGCAGAGAUUUUUGUCGUCUGCCAGGGUUUCCUCGCACCGCGCAAGAUCGAUCCCCGCUUUCUCGAUGCCAAAUCGGUCUUCUCAGAUCUCGACAUGAUGGCAGCUACGUCUGCCAAGUCUGCAGGCGAGGACACAGAAGCAGAGGGAGGAAAGCCGAGGAAGAUCAACAAACUUACUCCCAACGCACUCAACGUGUUCCACCCCGAAAAGAAAAGACGUAAUCGAGAAGGAUAUGCAGAUGGAGAUUACACGCUGCAUCACACGACGCCCGCAAACGAGUACAUCACAACGCGGGAUCCUAUCGACUUGCUUGCGCGCACGAACAAGAUCUCUUUCGAGUCGACCGAAGAGCUUGAGCUGCUCAAGAAUGCAGAGACCACAGAAGACAUCAGGGUGUCUUGUGAGGAUCUCAAAGUGCUCGGCAAGCGGGAGUUCAAGCAACUGCUCAAAUGGCGCAGCAAGAUUCGACUACAGCGCGGCCUCGACGUCAAGCACGUUCCAGCACCCGAAGAGACUGCUGUUGAGGUCGAGCCACUGAAUGAAGAAGAGGAGCUCGAGCAGGAAGUUGACAGGCUCAAGACGGAGGAAGCGAACAGGAAGCGGCGCGAUAGGCGGAGACUGAACGAGAAGAAAGCGAGAGAUCUGCAGCGUAUGCAGCUGCAUAUGACCACACCCGCCGAUAUCGGUCUAGAGCGACAAGAUGGCAUGGACAAUAUCUUUGAGCUUUCUGCUAUCGAUGGUCGGUCGAACCGCAUAGGUCAGACGGGUUUCGACAGCGAUGACGAAGAGAGCCUACGUCCAUCGAAGCCAAAGCAGAUCAUACCUCAUGUUGAGGACGAAUCGGACGAAGACGAAGACAUCAGCGAUGAGGAAGAGCUUCGCAUCCGUCAAGCCGAACGAGAUCUUGAUCGGCAGUAUGAUUCGUACCAGAACAGGAAGCUCGAGAAGGACUCUCGCUACCAAGUCAAAGAGGCGAGGAAGAAGCGCGAUGCCGAAGAAGGCGUCUGGGGCGGUAUAGAAGAUGCGGCACAAUCUUCAGAGGACGAGAUGACCCUUGGCGCAGCCUCGCAAAAGCGAGCGAGGCAGCUCGAUUCGGACGAUGAAGAGGUGGACGAAUCUGAUGUAGAGGGCGAUGUGGAUGCAGAAGCAGAGGCCAUCAUGGCUUCUCGUGGUCAUGUGCGUAGCAAGGAGGGCAAGCUCAUCCAAUCGCUCGUCAAUAAGAAAGCUGGCACUGCUGAGACGAAAGCGCGCGCGGCCGAUCUCUGGUUCGACCAGCCUGCUUUUAGGGAUAUACAAGGUCUCGACGCCCUCAUGGGCCUAGAGGAUGCUUCUCCUUCCGUUCCGAGCUCUGCCGACGAAGGAAAAGAGGAGGACGAAGAAGUAGACAUGCUGCCCGAUAUCGAGGAUCGAGAGGAUUCGGACGAGAGCGGGUUUGAAGAGGUCGCAAUGGACGCCGACCCUGACGAGUGGCUCAAAGCGGGCGAGGAAGAGGAGGAACGGAAGCGCGAAAGGAUCGAGCGUCUGGGACUGACGACGGUGGAGGCUGUCAGUAUAGCACAACGACUGGUCAAUCGCGAAGUGACAAAGGAUGAACUGCUCGACGAAGGCUUUACGCGACAUGCCUUCAAUGAUAAGGAUGGGCUGCCUUCUUGGUUCCUAGACGACGAGAUGAAGCACUUUCGACACAACAUUCCUGUGACCAAGGAAGCUUCGGACGCUCUCAAGGAGAAGGUGAGAGCGCUGAAUGCACGACCGAUCAAGAAGAUCGCCGAGGCGAAAGCGAGGAAGAAGAUGCGUACGCUCAGACGAUUGGAGAAGGCGCAGAAGAAGGCAGACACGGUCAAUGAGACUGAUGACAUUACCGAGAAGGAGAAGGCGGCUAGUAUUGCUAAGAUCCUGGCCAAGAGCGGCGGGAACAAGCCUGCCAAGCGGAGAGAGAUCAAGGUCGUGGUGGCCAAAGGUGCCAAUCGCGGUCAAAAGGGUCGUCCGAAAGGUGUCAAGGGUCGCUAUAAAAUGGUUGAUCCUCGAGGCAAGAAAGAGAUUCGUGCAGAGAAGAGGAUCGCACGAAGGGAUGCAGGCAAGAAGCCAAAAUCGAGUCGGCAUCACUAGACGGAGUAGUGCUUGGGGUUUGCUCUCUGCUUGUUGUCAAGUUGCAAUCAAUUGUACAACGUCCAUUGGGUCCCCGUCACUGGCCUGCAGCAUUCCUCUGCUCCUCUAACCUCUUGACGAUGAACAACGAAGAGUCCAAGAAGCGGUCAACGCAG